CUUCCUCUUGGAGCUUCCUUCGGGGACAGACAGGCAGGUCCAGAAGCCAGACAGUCCGGACAAGCCCCGUUCCUUGAAUGUGGAGAUGCUGCUGUUUCUGCUGCCCCUGCUGUGGGCGGGGUCCCUGCAGAAGGGUCCACAGUACCAGCUGCGAGUGCAGGAAUCGGUGACAGUGCAGGAGGGUCUGUGCGUCCUCGUGCCCUGCGAAGUCUCCUACCCCCGGGUCGGCUGGGACGACUCUACACCUGCUUAUGGCUACUGGUUCCGGAAAAGGGAUAAACCCCUAGCGGAUGUUCUCGUGGCCACAAACAAUCCACUCAGUGUAGCAAAAAAGAAGACCAAUAUUGCAUUCUACCUUUCUGGCCACCCAGGGGCCAACAACUGCUCCCUGAGCAUCACAGAUGCCCAGAAACAGGAAAGUGGAAAGUAUUAUUUUCGGCUGAUGAGAGGAGAUAAUGUGAGACACAGUUACACAGACAACCUGCUCACUGUGAACGUCACAGCGCUGUCUUGGACCCCCGACAUCCACGCCAAGGAGCCCCUGGAGGCCGGCUCCAGCACUCACUUGACAUGCUCCCUGCCAGGAGCCUGUGAUCGAGCCACGCACCCCAGCAUCUCCUGGACCGGGGCUGCCCUCCACCCCCCGGAACUGGCCUCGGAGGCCUAUAAAUCCUCGGAGAUCCUGCUCACCCCCCGCCCGCAGGACCACGGCACCAACCUCACCUGCCGCGUGACCUUCCCCAGGGCUGGCGUGAGCUCGGAGGGGACCCUCAUGCUCAACGUGUCCUAUGCUCCCCAGAACCUGAGCAUCAGCGUCUCCCGAGGAAACUGCACAGAACUGAAAUACCUGGGGAACGGCUCAUCUCUUUCUGUCCUGGAAGGGGAGUCUCUGCGCCUCGUCUGUGUCGCUGACAGCAACCCCCCAGCCACAUUGAGCUGGGCCCGCGGGAGCCGGACCCUGAGCCCCUCGCAGCCCUCGAACCCGGGGGUCCUGCUCCUGUCCCGGGUGGAUUCGGACCAUGAAGGCAAAUUCACCUGCCGAGCUCAGCACCCUCGAGGUUCCCUGGGCAUCUCCCUGCAUCUCUCCGUGCAGAACCCCCCGCAGCUGCUGGGACCCUCCUGCUCCUGGGAGGACCAGGGUCUGCACUGCAGCUGCUCCUCCCGAGCCCAGCCAGCCCCCUCCCUGCGCUGGCGGCUGGGGGAGGGGCUACUGGAGGGGACCAUCAGCAAUGCCUCCUUCAAGAUCACCUCUAGGUCGGCUGGGCCCUGGGCCAACAGCUCCCUGAGCCUCAGUGAGGGGCUCAGCUCCGGCCUCAGCCUCAGCUGCGAAGCCCUGAAUGUCCAUGGGGCCCAGAGCGCCACGGUCCUGCUGCUGCCAGGAAAGCCCCAGCUUUGGGGAGGAUUCGUUUUGGGGGCCGUCGAGGGAGCUGGUAUCGCUGGCCUGCUCAGUCUCUGUUCUUGCUUCAUCCUCUUCAUGGUGAAGACCUUCAGGAAGGAGGCCCCUGGAGUGGCAGCUGAAGAGAAUGCCCCCUCCACCUCCCAGGGUCACCAGUACGAGUGUCUGCCAGGCAGCACCAUGGACCACCCACACCCAGUGGAGGAGGAACAGGAGCUCCAUUAUGCCUCCCUCAGUUUCCCCGGACUGAGGCCAAGGGAGCCUCAGGACCAGGAGGCCACCAGCGCCACCGAAUACACAGAGCUCAAGAUCUGUAAAUGACAACCCCAAAUCCGGCAACUUCUUGCUGGAAGCUCUCCAGGAAGGAAGACAUCAGGGACAAUUUCCAAGAGAAUAGUUUUCCAUGUAAAUGUGCUACCAACUUGUGUGUGGGCAUCCCACUGGCAGGGCGAUGGGCAGAACUAGACUCAAAUUUCAGCCCCAUCACCUAUAACGAGCCUGAAUUUGGGCAAGUCACUUCACUUCUCAGUCUCUCCUUCUGUCAAAUGGACACAAUAAACCUAAGUCACAGGGUGGUCGUGGGGCAUCAAGGCAGUUAUGAAUGUAAAGUGUCCCACAGUGGGGACUGGGCAGAGAGCCCUAUGUCUGAGGUCAGACCUCUUCCCAGGGUCUGGCCAUCCUGGUCCAAAUGGGGGACACUCUGCAGGGCUGUUCUAGCUCCAGAGCUCCCCAAAUUCUUGGCUGAGGCAGUCGUUGGGCUGCAUUGCAGCGCCUCGUCCCUCUGCCCCACCUGCCCCCCUCCCCUCCCCUCCCCAGGGACCCACCCCUGGGGCACCUCCUCGUGAGCACGCUGCACCCUGGUCUCUCUCUGAGUCUGCUCCCUGGAAACCCAACCUGUGUAUUUUACCAGACCCCACAAUCAAUCACGGAUGAUCUGAAAUAAAUGACAGGGGAUCUCUUUCCCUAAAACUGUGUCAUUGAUA